AUGACAUCGGCUGUAAGAGGGAGAGUGGAAAAAGAGCUGUCUCCAGAGUGCAGAGAAUUCCUCUACAUGGCAACAGCACCGACUGGGCUGGGGCACCGGUCCCUCCAGUUCAUCUGCCAGCGAUACAACAAGAAGCCACGCUACGUGACGCUGUACAAUACUGUGGACCACAUACCUGUCUACUCUGCCUACACUUUUAAGCGCUCAGAUGGGGAGAAAUGCGUGGAUGUGCCAUGGAUGUAUGAACCUCAGCUAUCCACAGUCUCUGAUACAGAUGAGAUGCAGCCAUUCCCACGUGGUUACGUGCACAUGAAUUUUGAAGAUGCCCAGGCUGUUCUGGAUGAUUAUACAAACGCCAUCCUUUACGAGCGCGGUACCCUCAACCCAGACGAGCACCAGAACGAGCCCGAUGACAAGGCCUCCACCUACACCCUCACCAAUGUUGUGCCGGUGGUGCCCGACUUCAGCAACGGGGUCUGGAACAAACAGGAGCACAUCAUCCGCAAACGGCUUAACAACUACUGCCGUGGAACAGCUUACAUCAUCACAGGCAUCACCACAUCGGGGAAGAUGAUCCGCCGGCAAAACAUCAACCGCAUUGCAGUUCCCACAUAUCUGUGGUCAGCUUACUGCUGUGUUGACUACGACCACAACACGCCUUAUAAUGAGCGCUACAGGUUCCCAUCUUUUGCUCACUAUGGCCUCAAUGAGGUGGAGAACAACGAGGUGGUGGAAAUGUCCGUCCAGAAGCUGGAGGAGUUCCUCAAGAAGACAACCUUUGUAGACCAGAACUUUCAGAUCUUUGUAGGUGACUGUGUCCCAACAGCGGCCAGUAUAAGUGAAUAGACAAAUAUUUAGGUAAAAAGCUGCCAUUUUGCCUCAGCUGACUUGGUCAUGCACUGUGUCGUCUUGUUCAAUUGAUCGUUUUCACAGCAGACCUUCUGACUUGUCAUAGUAAGAAAAGCCCAGGUGUAAUG